UGAAGAUCAAGAAUGAACCAUAACACAUCUCACAGCGAUCAACGCAGGUAGGAAAUAGAGGUUUUGUUACAAAAAUGGGCAUACCGGGGACAGCUUUACGACAACUUAGUAAUGUAGUGCUGUUCAGUCUUAAUGUACUGAUAAAGCUUUGUGGAUGAAUGUUACUUUAGAUUUUUUAAUUAUGGGAGAAAAAAAAGAUUUGUUUUGAAACCUGUCAGACUUUCAUUUAUCUGUUGAUUAAAAGAUGUUUUUAGUCUUAAUGGUCUCAAUAAUGCUGGAAAGAACGUUAACACAAUAAUUUAACAGUGGGAGAAUGGUGCUCUGGUUAAUUUCUGAUAUCCGUAGAUAGAUUUGUCAGGUUUAAAUUAUUUUGUGUGUCUAUUUGAUAACAUACUCUACUCUAAUAGCUACAAAUAUGCUUUUCACAGACAUGUUACACCACAUGCUUUCGCUUUUGGUGGUUCUGCUGUUAGUAGAAGAUGCUUCAUUUGCAGCGGCUGCUUUACAUGAAAUAGUAAAUGAGGAGCUCACCAUCAAGGAUGCUGAGAUGACUGAGAACCUCACCAGGACAAACUUUGAACUUUUGGACAAACUGAGCAACAGGUCCAGAUAUGUUGCAAGGAGCUGCAAAGAGAUCAGAGACAGAUAUAAUGAACAUGAAGAUGGGUUGUACUUCCUGAAAACUGCUAAUGGCAUGGUCUAUCAGACUUUCUGUGACAUGACCACUGCGGGAGGCGGCUGGACGCUGGUGGCGAGCGUCCACGAGAACAGUAUUUAUGGAAGGUGCACGGUGGGCGACCGCUGGUCGAGCCAACAGGGCAACAAUGCUGAGCUGCCAGAUGGAGACGGGAACUGGGCCAACAGGAACACCUUUGGAGCAGCAGAGAGCGCCACCUCGGAUGAUUUUAAGAACCCAGGUUACUAUGAUAUAGUAGCAAAAGACAUGUCUGUGUGGCACGUUCCCAACAACUUCCCUCUGGAGCACUGGAACCUGGCCGCCAUCCUCCGCUACCACACCACCAACCGCUUCCUCCAGCUGUACGGAGGAAACCUCUUUGAGCUCUUCACGCAAUAUCCAGUGAGAUACAACGUUGGCUCGAGCAGCAACAGAGGGCCAGCUAUUCCCAUCGUGUACGACCAUGGAAACAUAGAGUCCACAAAAAUGUUAUAUGGACCCAAUCCAAGAGGAGAGUUUGAACCAGGUUUCAUCACAUUCAGAGCAAUAAACAAUGAACGUGCCGCCACGGCGAUCUGCUCCGGGGUCAAGCCCAUCCGCGGAUACAACACUGAACAUUACUGUAUAGGAGGAGGUGGAUAUUUCUACACUGACCAGUGCGGGGACUUCCCAUCAUUUGACUGGGACCGACUGGGAAGGGAGCAAGGCUGGAGCGCUUCCAAAGAGAUGACUGAGGCUGCUGUUUUACUGUUUUACCGCUGAGCGGACUACUUGCACAUGUAGCUUAUGACUAUGGCAUGUUGUAGUCAAAUAGAUUUCAGUUCAGGUGAAGUCAGGUUUAUUUGUGUAGCACUUUAUCACAGCAUCAGUCUUUAUAUUAAAGAGAAUGAGCCCUGUGCCUCUGCUUGUGUCCGUAAAGAACAGACCUAAUAUUACGUUAAACACUCAUUUGUAAUUAAGCCACACACCAGUAGAUGGCGGUAUUGAACUGCAUAUUAAAAUAAACCAUUAACAUUGUG